AGGUGGAUCCCUGUCGUAUCUAUGUCACUGGACUAUCUUUGGGAGCAAGUGGCUCUUGGCAUUUGGCACUUCGCUAUGGCCCCUUGAGAAUGUGAUGAAUAAGAACGCAAAAGGUACAAAGAAGGGAGCUACCAAAACCCAACAUAGAUUGAACUCGUGGUCCUUUCUUACUUAUGUUUCCGUCGCAUGCUAUCGCCCUUGGUCUCAUAAAUCUAGCUGUUGAUUGUUAACGAAAAAGUUUGUAGAAGAAACGCGUUGUCCUAUGGAAAUCAUGAAACCCAUUGUCACACUGGGUUCAAACUCACGUCAACAUACUCAUUGCAGUAGAAAACUUGAGGGCAGAUGCUUGUUCCACCACUUUCAUCAGAAGUCUUUGAAGGCCAAUACCUUGCGGGUCUGGCGCCUGUCUCCGGCGUUUGUCACUGGCCACAUGGUGCGUGGCCAAAGGGAGGAGGUAACCCAUUGCCUGAAGUGCUGGAAAGAUUGGCAAACUUGCCUGUGCGUGCCUAUCAGAUUGACGUGGACCGUUAUGCCGGCUCGCCUGUGAAAGAUUUUGAAUGGCUUUGCUGGGGACUCAAGGAAGAGCAAGAGGAUUUGAACCUGUGCGGGAUGGAGGUAGAUCGUCGAGUGGAUGUCGCUGUCCGGCGAUGGUCCCGAGACGAUGGACAACCUUGGGAGCUUUGGCAAGCAAAAGGCCCGUUGAAGGAUUGGAAAUAUUAUGAUGGGUGGGAUGGUGACAAGCAUUGCUUGUGGAAUCGAGUCUACCCUUUUCCUGAAUGGGGAAUGGCUGCCUUCUUCAAGGCACACCAAGUACCAAAAGACAAGUGCUGGAAUGUCGAGGUGGCCAGCGACUUGUCCACCAUGAUGGCCAAGCAGAAGGCUGAGGAGGCAGCUUGGAACACGCAGCAGGAGGCAAAAAGAGCCAAGGAGGAGAUGGAAGCUGCCCAGGAAGCGGUCCCCAUGGAAGUAGACCAAGGCCAACUCGAGACGCUGGGCAAGAUGAGCACUGGUGAUAUGGAGGUGAUGCAGGAGCAAAAGCGCUUGCGGCAAGAUGAAGAGCUUGAAGGUGCACACGCUGUAGCAGCCUAGUUAAUGUCGAAGCCCAAAUGGGCCAUUGGAGACGCUCGUCGAUCAAUGCAUCCAGUCCCAGAAAAGAUUGUCACGACUCACUAAGUGCGGGACGUUGGGUGUGUUUGUUCUUGAGCUGCCGGAAUCGAAUGAAGGAGCCAACAGAAUAGAGCAUUUUGAGAGUUGUGUUCAUGAACAUUUCCUAUAUCAGUGACUGGGCAGAAAACAUGUUUUCCAGCUAGCUUGCAGUAGACGUUUUGUUGCUUCUUUCUCACACAUUAUCCAGUUGGGGCUUUUCAGCAUCCUGACUACAAACGGCUGCUGGUGUGAACACAGUGGAUAGAAUGCUUGCUCCGAUGUUUGCAAGGUUCACCAAUUCAAUGCCCAUUAUUUGGCAUUGUAGAUAGCAGAUUCAAAUUGACAAGGCUGCGGCCACGGUCAAUCUGGGUCUUUUGCCCUGUCAUGAACAAUGACUGUCGCUGCGGCAUUUUCCAUGUCCAACUGACCUGCCUCGGGCCGCGAGCCUGAUGGACGUGAAGCAGUUGAACGCAAAACAGAAGUUCUUUGACACAAAUUCAAGACACUCACAGUCUC